CGAAAUGGAGAAAUUAUCUGGAAUACCUUCUUUCCUCGUUCCUCCAAAAGGAGUACGAGGAUCCAAGAUCUUAAACAAAGAGGCCUUUAAAACUAUCAUCAAUCUCCCUGCUCUUCGAAUCGAGGCCAAAAAAUGCUCACUUUUCUUAAAAAGUCUCAGCAAAUGCUUGUUAAAUCAACCUCGCUUGAGAAACAUCGUGCCAGACACCACAGCGAAAGACAAAAAGCUUCUUCUUCUGAACCCACAGAAACCAUUGGCAGGUUUAGAGGAGCAUGAUCGAAAGUUUGCCGAGAGCCAUGGAGCAGAAGAGACGAUGUAUGAGUUAGUUUUGGGUUAUGAGCAUUGGACCUCUGAACAAGUAUUGAGAGCAGUCUUGCCGCUUGAAAUCAGUGAAGUGCCUUCUUCCUUUGAAACUAUUGGACACAUAGCACAUGUGAAUUUAAGAGAUUCUCAGCUAGAUUACAAGAAAUUAAUCGGUGGGUGUUUUUCCUUUCACACACUCCUAGGUCCUAGAAGACAAAAAAAAUUUGGGAUCAACCUAAUGUAGGUUUGAUAAAAGCUGGAACAUUCCAUUUGGUAUAACGAGGCCAAGGGUUACCGGUCAUUUAGCCCCAGUUACUUUGCCCCCUUUUCUAGAACGAGGAAUACCGUAUAUCCUGUAUUAAGCCCCCCCUUUCAAAUAAGCCCCCUCCCUCUAACAAGUCCCCCUCUUUUCCCCUCUUUUCAGGGGAAGAAAGUUAAUAGGUCCCCCCUCUCUAUUAAGCCCCCCUCCCUCCCCUAAUCAUUCUUCACUAAUAAAAUACAGACUGUGUUAAUCAAUCACAAAUGUAAAACUUCGUGUGAACUGAUCCAGGAUGGUUUAUUUACCAACCGGAAGUUCGACAUUGAUUCUGAUCCUUGGCUGCAUGACCUAAAACUUCUUGUACUUGAGCUUUUCCUCUUCGUUUUCUAGUUCUUUAUGGAGAACUAAUACCAUUGUCUUUUCUAAAAUAUAUAAAUCCCCUCUCUCAAAUAAGCCCCUCGGGGGGCUUAAUAGAGGAUUUACGGUAUUAGAUUUGAAGCGUGCUUGUUUUGCUUUCUGGCUUAUAGAAAGAGGAAUAUUACAUUUGAAGCAUGCUAAAUGACUUGAAAAUAGGGGGCUAAGUUACCAGGACGAAAUGACCGGUUACCGGUCAAAGUAAUUUUUUUUUUUUUAUAUCUUCCUUAACAGGGCAAGUGCUAUUGGACAAGAAUUCACCUCAAAUCAAAACUGUUGUAAACAAGACUAACACCAUUCAUGACAUCUUUCGCUUCUUCCAAAUGGAAGUUAUAGCAGGAGAGAACAACUUGUACACCUCCGUAAAACAAGAUGGUUGUAUUUUUGAGUUUGACUUUUCAAAAGUGUAUUGGAAUUCUCGUCUUCAGAUGGAACAUAGUCGUCUUGUUGAGCUCUUUGAUCCUGGUGAUGUUGUCUGUGACAUGUUUGCUGGUGUGGGUCCCUUUGCUAUCCCUGCGGCAAAGAGAGGAUGUAUCGUUUAUGCAAAUGACUUGAAUCCAGCGUCAUAUGAAGCACUAUUAAAGAACUCCAAACUUAAUCAUGUGGAGAAUAAAGUGCAUGCUUUUAACAUGGAUGGAAGGGAAUUUAUGAGAAAAAUGAUUCAGUUAUCAACAUCCUCAUCAUUAAAUAAAUUGUCUUCAACAUCAUCAUCAUCAUCAAUGUCAGCCUCAUCCUCCUCCACAUCACUAUUUUCGUCCUCAACAUCGUCAUCCUUAACGUCACCUUCAUUAUCGUGGGAUAAUUCUAGUGAGGAUAAUGGUAAAAAUUGCUUAAAACCCUUUGCUCACGUUGUGAUGAAUCUUCCUGCAAGUGCUGUUGAAUUUCUUGAUGUUUUUCGGGGUCUGUACUCUGCGCACAGACACUUGGCUCUUCCCACAAUCCACUGUUAUUGCUUCUCUAAAUCCCAGUCUCCUGGUGAAGAUGCAAAGAAGCAGGUUGAGGAGAGACUGGGAAGUAGCCUUACAAGUCAGUGUACCAUUCACUGUGUACGUGAUGUUGCGCCAAAGAAAGUUAUGGUCUGUGUCUCAUUUAAGCUGCCAACUUCUGUUGCUUUUGCUGAUGCUGGUCCUAAAUCUGAUACUGAGUCUAAGCGACACCGAGAUGACUGUGGUAAGUGGAUGUAUAGCUUAAGAAAUGGUCCAGAUAAGAACGAUAGCAACAACGGCAACGAACAUGUUGGAAUGCAAAAAAGGUGCUAACUUUUCUAUUGUCUGUACUUACUUCUGAUUGGCUUAAACAGUAUAAGUUACCAAAACUUCAUAAAGCAGUACAUAUAUUAAUCCUUACUUUCCAACCAUCUUCCAUAUAACAAAAUCUGGUCUCAGUUUGAAUAACAAAGAAAUCCUAUGUGGGGAACAUGUAAAAUUGUAAACUUUUCUUGGCUAUUGUUUUCAACUCUUGUGAUUGGUCAAAAUCUUUUAACACAAAAAAACACCCUUUCAAAGUGGAGAGUAAAUGCAUUUUAUUGCGUAAACGGCCUUCAUGUAGGUUUAUGCAUUCUCUGUGUAAAAAUGAGAACAUUCCUAUGUGGGGAAAGCACCAUUGCUGCAUAACAAAAGAAAUUGCUAUCCACCUUACCCGGAUCAUUACUUAAAGUUUUAGUUUGAUCUUUGAUGUAAGAGAGAUACUAAAGAGCAUACUAUAAGAAUUUGACCAGACCACCUUUCAUGGAGUCUUUAAGGCAUGAGCCAAGCCAUCCUGGUGUAGCAGGCCAGUUGGGCUAACCUGGCUGGCUCACCCACGUGAACAGGCUGCUAUUAAAGAUUUGGACUAAACCUGCCCUUUUUUUCUUGUUCUUAUAGUUCAUGCUGAGAAAGACCCCAAGCAGGCCAAGUUGGAACUGUGAUAGUUAAGGA